AUGAACCCAUACCGACAACCUGCUGCUCCCCUUGUUCCGCUGGUAAACGGAUACAUCAACACAUCAAUCUUGUCUUCACAGGGCCAGUCUCUUUCCGGUUGGUUCUACGAGCUCGUACGGAAGCAGGGAUGGGAUGCUGGCCUAGUCAAGAAAAUAUGGCAGUGGACGUUGUCGAACCCCAGGCUCGCAAUUCUCUUGUUCGUCUGCGACGAUGUUGCCUCGUGGCGCCAGGCUUCCUUCUUCGAUCUUCGAGACGAGAGCUUGCCAUUCCCAGAGGACCGUCUCCAAGGUAUUGUGGGUAAUGCGCGCAAAGUUGUCGAUGAACAAUGGCGUGCCACAUCCAAGGAAUUACCGUUGACGGGAGCACAUGUCGACUACACCGCACGCGAAACAGUGCCACUACAGCACGUCAGUCUUAUCCGAUCGUCGCGCAAUUCUGAGAAGAGCGUCGACUGGGUCAAGAUGCAAGGUAGCAGCGAGGAUCGUGUGCUUGUGCGAAAGCGCUUUGUCACUGCUCGCUCCGCUCAAAAAGCUGCGCUGUUGGACCAGAUCAACAAGUUCAAGCAAUAUGAGCACAAGAACAUUGCAAAGUUGCUUUGCUCGUACGCUCAGCCGAGUCACGUCGGCAUUCUCACAGAGAAAGCACAAUACACUCUGGACGAUUUCCUCGCGCUCCCUGGAAGCGACCCAAACCGCUCGAAGUUGCUGGUUGACUGGAUGGGUGACUUAUCAUCCGCUCUUGAAUAUCUCCAUUCGCAGUCCAUUUGUCAUCGUAGCAUCCGGCCUCGCAAAAUCCUGAUUGAUGGUGCGCGCAUUCUGCUUGCUCCAUUCGACAUUGGGCAGAGCAUCGACACGUUCAGUCCGACAAUGGCGAACUCCCAGCGCCUGGACCAGCUACACACAUACUUCCAAGACCAGUCAUACGUCUACGCUGCACCAGAGGCUAUUGUCUCACGUGGUAAGAGAAUGGCAGAUGUUUUCUCGCUGGGCUGUGUUUUCUUGUCGAUGAUGACAGUCGCACAAGGCCAGUCACUAUCAGUGUUUGCGCAAUACCGGGCUGCGAAUACCCAGGAUGCAUCAUACCAUGCCCAUCUCGACCGGGUGGCAAGUUGGCGAAACCGGCUCCACGCUGCCACCACCUCGAAUCUCCGAAACGGGCUCAUCGGCUCUGGAAGGAAGCUGAGGCAGCUGAAAGCGGAAGCCGACUGGCUGACUAUCAUUGAGAAGAUGCUCCUAUCCGGACCGAAAGAGAGGAUUAAGAUGCGCUUUGUGCUAGCCAGCCUAAACAGCGGCAAAGCUACAGGCGGAAGACGACGUAGCUUGGACGGCGGCGGUUACAGUGGACAGGCGGCAGCAUCGCUCGGCGUCAACGGUGCAACAACCGCGACGCUGGUCGACAUCUCGGAGCAUCACGCGCCACGAAAACCGGAGCUAAGCGUCUUCGAUGGUUAUUUCCAGACGCAGACCCGCAGGUUAGAACCAGCGGGUGGUUGGUAA